ACUGACCUAAAUUGAAGACAUUGGGCCGUCCUCUGUUCCUCCCUCCAUCUCCCCUCUUCCCUCUCUCCACCUCCCAUCUUCCCGACUUUCGCCAUGGAUUGCUGCGACAAGCUCCUCUCGGAGUCGGGCAUCAUCUGGUCCGUUCUUAAUGCGGUCUACACCAAGUUCUCCCUCAUUCAAGGCCUCGAGGAUGCUGUCGACAAGCUCCAGAGAACCCAGAAUUCGAUCCAAUGCUUACUCAUUGAUGCUGAAGCGCUUGACAUCGUCAACGAAGCAGUCAAGGGUUGGGUCUGCGACAUGAAGACCGUCGCCUUCGACGCCGAAAAUAUUAUCGACGAGUUCCAGACUCUCGUCGAUAUCACCAAGCACGCAGAAGCUCCUUCUCGUAGAAGGAAGAGGUCAAUCCCCUAUCUCGGAGGCUUCAUGACCCUCGUCAAGCGUCGCAGAAUCGCCGAGGAUAUUGCCAAGAUCGAGGACAGACUCGACGAGAUCCGUAAAAGCCGAAUGAAUCUUGGAUUGGAGCCCUCGGAUGGACAGCGGCGAAGCAACGGCUCGAAUGAGAUGGUCUGUAUUCCUACCAGUGCAAAGUUUGAUGAGUCUAGAAUUUUUGGAAGAACUAAAGAGUGUGAUUCGGUUGUAGCUGCUCUUAAAGCUAAAUCAGUUUCGAAUCUGCAUAUAGUUGUGAUCCACGACCUCCCUGGAAUCGGAUAUAUGUUUCAAGAAAUUGAUGCACCAUCCACUGACAAUGGCAAUGGAAAUGAUAGGCACAUACAAAAUACUUGUGUUACAUCCGAUGAAGGUUUGUAUGAAGGGUUUGAUUGGCUCUCCAGCAAUAUCAAGAAAUCAAAACUUCUUGAGGCUUUUUAUCUCAGCAACAACAAUUGUUAGCAUUCGAUGUUGGGGCAACAUCGUGGAAGCCAGAAAAUUGUCAACGUGCCUCCUUUUCUUCUGCCUUAUGAAAACCUUAAUACUUGUCUGUAGAACAAAUACGUGUUUGGUUCACUUUUUUCUGCAUUGAUACCUUUUGAUACUUUUUCUGCCAACAUCCUUAUCUCUUUUCUGAAAGAGCUACAUAUUUUUUUUCCUGAAUUUAAUUUCAUUUGCAAAUUUGCUCGUCUGGUUUAUGGAUCUUGUGGUUAAAUUUGCUAUAUAAUUCAAGGCACAGCACACCAAA